AUGAACUGCAUCUCAGAUUUCUUCACCUACGAGACCACCAAGUCGGUAGUCGUGAAGAGCUGGACCAUUGGGAUCAUCAACCGAGCGGUUCAGCUUCUCAUCAUCUCCUACUUCGUGGGGUGGGUUUUCCUGCACGAGAAGGCAUACCAGGUGCGGGACACAGCCAUCGAGUCCUCGGUGGUGACCAAGGUCAAGGGCUUCGGACGCUAUGCCAACCGAGUCAUGGACGUGUCUGACUACGUGACCCCACCCCAGGGCACCUCUGUCUUUGUCAUCAUCACCAAGAUGAUCGUCACAGAAAACCAGAUGCAAGGCUUCUGCCCAGAGAGCGAGGAGAAGUUCCGCUGUGUGUCGGACAGCCAGUGCGGGCCUGAGCGCUUCCCCGGAGGAGGGAUCCUCACCGGCCGCUGCGUCAACUACAGCUCUGCGCUGCGGACCUGCGAGAUCCAGGGCUGGUGCCCAGCGGAGGUGGACACAGUGGAGACGCCUGUCAUGAUGGAAGCCGAGAAUUUCACUAUUUUCAUCAAGAACAGCAUCCGUUUCCCCCUCUUCAACUUCGAGAAGGGGAACCUCCUCCCCGACCUAACAGCUGCCGACGUGAAGACCUGCCGCUUCCACCCCGACAGAGCCCCCUUCUGCCCCAUUCUGCGGGUGGGCGACGUGGUCAAGUUUGCGGGGCAGGAUUUUGCCAAGCUGGCCCAAACGGGCGGAGUCCUGGGCAUUAAGAUUGGCUGGGUGUGCGACCUGGACAAGGCCUGGGACCAGUGCAUCCCCAGAUACUCCUUCACCCGGCUGGACGGCGUUUCCGAGAAGAGCAGUGUCUCCCCGGGCUACAAUUUCAGGUUCGCCAAGUACUACAAGAUGGACAACGGCAGUGAGUACCGCACCCUGCUGAAGGCUUUCGGCAUCCGCUUCGACGUGCUGGUGUACGGGGACGCUGGCAAGUUCAACAUCAUCCCCACCAUCAUCAGCUCCGUGGCGGCCUUCACCUCGGUGGGAGUGGGCACCGUCCUCUGCGACAUCAUCCUGCUGAACUUCCUCAAGGGGGCCGACCAGUACAAGGCCAGGAAGUUCGAGGAGGUGAGUGAGACGACGCUGAGGGUCCCAGCCUCUGCCCACCCCCGGGACACCGGCGACCAGACCACGGAGGAGAAACAGUCCACGGACUCGGGUGCCUACUCUAUCGGCCACUAA